CAGAAACACGCUGCUGCUGAAGCCGAGUCUUGCACAACGCGCUCCAAGGUCGCGAAGACCGACGCGCCAGCAAACGGCAAGGCUGCCGCAAAGAGUGCAAAGAGGGGCUCCAAGGCUUUGCUGGGCGCUGCGGCCUUCAAGGCGAAGGCUCUCCCGACCCACGUGAACCUCACCCACACACCGCCUGUCUUGGUAGAGGAUGCGAAGGACGUCGUACAGACGGACCCGGGGUUCAUAGUUCAGACGUCACUGGCGCCGACGGCGUUCAGUACGGGCAGCUACAGCUGGAAAGGCACGAAACGCGUCACUAUCGAGCUCGAGAAAAACGAGACGGGAGGGAAGGAGAAGGAGCAGGUCAUGAUGACGUUCAACGCGACUGUCAUUGGCAGCAAGAAUGCUGUCCUGCUGCGCGCUGUCGCACCGUCUUCGAGGACCAGGGUGAGGUGGCGACACGACGCCUGCGCGCGCUGGACGACCCCGUGGCAAACGCAACGGCUGACAUGCGGACCAGCAUGGUUCCGAUGCAGCAUAUGCUGA